CUUCCCAGCAUGCUAUAAACUAGAUAGUCCCUCCAGGGGGAAAAAGAAAUCCAAUGGGCGUUGGUUGCAGGCCGCCACUGUUAGUACUGGUGCUACUAGACACGGUCAUCCCUGCUUCCAGAGCAGAAGGCAGAAGCGCUUACAAUUCGAUGAGUAUCGCGGAUCUAAACUCCGAGUGACCCCGCAUCAUCUGGCCCAUUAUAAAGUAUUAGGUGUCCUCGGCUUGCGCUUGACUCCAGAACCAACCGGUUCCAUCCUUCAGGUAUCUUCCUAUCUCGGACAGCAUCAUGUAUUCUCUGCGCAAUCGCUCGGCUCUGAUUACGGGUGGCUCACGGGGACUGGGCGCUCUUGUGGCCCGCAAAUAUGCCGCCGAAGGUUGCAAUGUUGCCAUCAAUUACGUCUCGAGCAAGGACGAUGCGGAGAACCUGGCUGCGGAGAUUCGGGAGAAAUACAAGGUCAAUGCUAUUACUAUACAAGGGGAUGCCGGUCGGCGGGAGGACUGUGUCAACGCCGUCAAGACCACCAUUGAGCAGUUGGGCGGACUGGAUAUCGUCGUUUCCAACGCAGGUUGGACCAAAGUAACCAAGUUCGGAGACUUAGACGCCAUGGAGGACGAGGACUGGGAUAAGUGUUGGUCAGUCAACGUAAAGGGCCACCUCUAUCUCUUCAAAGCGGCACUUCCCACAUUCAACACCAACCCUGAGGGCGGCGUGUUCCUCUUGACCUCGUCUAUUGCGGCCGUUACGCCAACUGGGAGCAGCUUGCCAUAUGCCGUCACCAAGGCCGGAGCACUGCACCUGGCGAAAUGCCUUGCACAUACCCAAGGGAGUAAGGUCCGCGUGAAUGCGGUCCUGCCUGGCCUACUUCUGACCGAAUGGGGCCAGCGCUUCCCUACUGAAGCCAUCGAACGGUGGACGGAUAAGACAGCCCUCAAGAAAACGCCCGAGCUGGAGGACACCGCCAAUGCGUAUGUCAUGCUUGCUCAGAACACAUCGAUGACCGGGCAAUCGAUACAGAUCGAUUCCGGCUUCUCUUUCCUGUAGAACGAGCCCGAAGUCCAGGCGCAGUAGACUCAGGGCAGUGGCGUCGGGCACUGGAACGGGUUGAUAUUAAGAGUGCUAAAGACCGGUAUCAUGACGUUAGCAAUAUGGAACAAAGAACGGCUAGCUUUUCAUCACCCGACCCCUACACAAGGGGGUUGUAGAACGGCGUAUAUCCCACAUCACCCGAGUAAAACGUGCGAUCGCC